AUGCACGCGCCGCCGCUGGUCGCGUUCGCCGGGGGCGCCUGCCCCGCCACCGCUGCCUCCUCGCCGUCGCCCUGGCUGGCCUCGCCGCGGGCCGCCAUCCUCGCCGCGCCGGCGAGGCUCCUACGGUCCCGCCACGGGGCACUUCGGCUGGCCGCGUGGAGGGCUGCCGGAGGGGGACGGGGCCCGCGGGUCCCGGCCAAGGGCGCUGUGCUCGCCUCCUAUAUGGGCGCCGAGGAGGUGGUGGGACCCUCGUCGCUGCUCGACGAGGAAGAGCUCAUUUCACACAUCAGAAAGGAAGUGGAUAAUGGAAAACUUCCUGCAGAUGUUGCCAGUAACCUGGAGGAGCUGUAUUAUAAUUACAGGAAUGCUGUCCUGCAAAAUGGAGAUCCUAAUGCAUAUGAGAUCAUGCUUUCAAAUAUGACGGCUUUGUUUGAUCGUGUUCUACUGGAUGUACAGAAUCCAUUUACCUUUCCACCUUAUCACAAAGCUGUGCGGGAACCGUUUGACUAUUACAUGUUUGGUCAGAACUACAUUAGGCCUCUGGUAGAUUUCAGGAACUCCUAUGUUGGCAACAUUUCCCUUUUCCAUGACAUGGAAGAGAAGCUCCACCAGGGCCACAAUGUUGUUUUGAUGUCUAACCAUCAGACAGAAGCAGAUCCAGCAAUUAUCUCCUUGCUUCUUGAAAAAACCAAUCCAUGGAUUAGUGAAAACAUAGUUUAUGUUGCUGGCGAUAGGGUUGUUACCGAUCCACUUUGCAAGCCAUUUAGCAUGGGAAGAAAUCUCAUUUGCGUGUACUCGAAAAAGCAUAUGAAUGAUUUUCCUGAGCUAAUUGAGAUGAAGAGGAGAUCAAAUACUCGAAGUCUCAAGGAAAUGGCCUUGCUUUUACGUGGUGGUUCACAGUUAAUUUGGAUUGCACCGAGUGGUGGUAGAGACCGCCCAAAUCCUUCAACAGGAGAAUGGUACCCGGCGCCAUUCAAUUCGUCUGCAGUGGACAAUAUGAGGAGGCUUCUGGAGCAUGCUGGCGUUCCUGGGCACAUAUAUCCGCUAUCAUUGCUGUGCUAUGAGAUUAUGCCUCCACCACAACAGGUUGAGAAAGAGAUUGGUGAGCAGAGGGUGAUAUCCUUCCAUGGAGUAGGCUUGUCAGUAACUGAAGAAAUAAAAUAUGGGGAUAUUACUGCUCAUACCAAGAAUGCUGAUGAGGGAAGGGAGCUAUUCACAAAUAUUUUGUACAACUCAGUUGUUAAUCAGUACAAUGUGCUCAAAUCUGUUAUCUUUAGAGAUCGUGGAGCAGCUGUAUCAAACAAUGUCAUCUCACUGUCACAACCAUGGAGAUGA